AUGAGCUCUAAUGACUUUGGCGAUUUGGUACUAUUGAUUGGUGAUUUAAAAAUUCCUUAUGGAGCAAAAGAGUUACCAUCAAACUUUAGAGAGCUACUAGCUACUGAUAAAAUUAACUAUGUUCUCUGCACAGGUAAUGUAUGCUCACAAGAAUAUGUAGAGAUGCUUAAAAAUAUUACCAAAAAUGUCUACAUAGUUAGUGGAGAUUUGGAUUCUGCAAUUUUUAAUCCUGACCCUGAAAGUAAUGGCGUAUUUCCUGAAUAUGUGGUCGUACAAAUUGGAGAAUUUAAAAUAGGAUUGAUACAUGGAAACCAGGUUCUUCCCUGGGAUGAUCCUGCUUCGUUGGAGCAAUGGCAAAGACGUUUAGACUGUGAUAUAUUAGUAACUGGCCACACACAUAAAUUAAGAGUUUUUGAGAAAAACGGUAAACUAUUUUUAAACCCUGGAACGGCAACUGGGGCAUUUAGUGCAUUGACUCCAGAUGCUACUCCUUCUUUCAUGCUCAUGGCACUUCAGGGUAAUAAGGUUGUUCUCUAUGUAUAUGAUAUAAGAGAUGGAAAAACCAAUGUGGCUAUGAGUGAAUUCUCGAAGUAA